UCGAUUUAAAGAAGCUUUCAUCUUCCUCUAUAUAAAGGCCUCUUCAAACAUCAAAAGCACCAAUUGCUUAAGAUUCCAGAGAAAUCUCUACACUUCUCAUGGCUUCUCCUGCCAUUUUCUACUCUCUUCCAAGGAGAAGAUUGCCUUCCUUAGGAGCAUCUUUUAUACCUCCGACCGAUCUCACCGAUCUCUCUCUCAUCCAAAUUCUCAUAACCGUCGCCACCGAUGUAAUCUCCGCGUCACUUAAUCUCCAUAUCCCAUCCCUUCGCAGAAAAUCCCGAUCUUUGACACGUAAAAUCAAUACCUUCGUCGUGUUGCUGGAAUAUCUGAAAGACUUCAGCGUUUUUCCUCUACCGUCCUCUGCGGAUCUUUGCUUCAAAGAGCUCUACAUCCUUCUCCAUAGAUUGAAGAUUCUUAUCAAUUACUGCUCGCAGUCCAGCCGGUUAUGGCUUCUGCUUCGGAAUCCAUCAAUUUCCAGACACUUCCACGAUCUAAAUCGGGAUAUCUCGACGUUGUUGGAUGUUUUCCCGUUAAAAGAGAUCGAUUUGGAUCCUGAUUUAAAAGAGCAGAUCGAACUCCUGCAGGAGCAAUCAAGACAAUCCAAGCUCUUCAUUGAUCCACAGGAUGAGGUGCUUCGGUGCAGGCUGUUUGCGUUCCUUGAGGAAUUCGAACAGGGGAGGAGGCCAGACUUAAUGCAACUGCAGGCAGUUUUUAUCGACCAGUUGGGGAUUCGGGAUGUGAGAGCUUUCAGGUCUGAAAUAGAAUUUCUCGAGGAACAGCUCCAUAGCCAGGAGGAAGACUCCGACUUGACAGUUUCGGUGCUAGAUGGGUUUGUAGCAUUAGUUCGGUACAGCAGAUUUCAGAUUUUCGGAAUCGAAGAAGAGGAAGAAAGAAAGUCAGAUUAUACUCUAAAUUGCAAGAAAUCAAUUAAGGGUCCAAUUUGCUCUCAGUCUGGAGAGGCAUUCGUAGCCGUUCCAAAGGAUUUCUGUUGUCCGAUAUCUCUCGAUCUGAUGCGUGAUCCGGUGAUUAUUUCAACUGGGCAGACUUAUGAUCGAGCCUCCAUCGUUCGAUGGAUGGAAGAAGGGCAUCGCAAUUGCCCAAACUCCGGGCAGAUGAUCUCCCACGACCUUCUAAUUCCUAAUAGAGCUCUCCGUGGGCUGAUUGCACAGUGGUGUGCUGCUAAAAGUAUCCCCUUUGAUCCACCAGAGAGCACCGAUGCAGCGACAGAAACUGUUACUAUCCCUGCAACCACCAAGGCCGCAAUCGGAGCCAACAGAGCCACUGCAGAGCUUCUGGUUCAGCAGUUGGCAAAUGGGCCACACAUGGCAAAAACGGUUGCUGCCCAUGAGCUACGGAUGCUUGCAAAAAAUGGGAAGGAGAACCGCAUCGCCAUUGCAGAAGCAGGCGCAAUUCCUCUUCUACUGCAGCUGUUCUCGUCAUCAAACCCAGUCAUGCAGGAGAAUUCAGUGACUGCAAUCCUUAAUCUAUCUCUUCACGACAAGACCAAGAGCUUAAUUAUGGAGGAAGAAGGGUGUUUGAAAUCGAUCGUCAACGUUCUGAGAGAUGGGUUGACAGAGGAAGCAAGGGAGAACGCUGCUGCAGCACUGUUCAGCCUCUCUAUGGUGCAUGAUUACAAGAAGAGGAUUGCAGAUGAGGCAGGUGCUGUGGAAUCGCUGGUGGGGCUCUUGAUGGAGGGGAGCUCGAGAGGGAAGAAAGACGCAGUGGCAGCCUUGUUUAAUUUGUCAACCCGCUCAGAGAAUUGCGAGAGGAUGGUGAAGGCUGGGGCAGUGUCAGCAUUGGUGGGGGCAUUGGGAACAGAAGGGGUGACAGAGGAAGCAGUGGGAGCAUUGGCAUUGCUGGUAAGGCAGAAGGCUGGGGCCGAAGCAGUUGCAAAGGAGGAUGAGAUGGUGGUGGUGGGACUGAUCAAGGUGAUGAGGUGGGGCACACCGAAGGGGAAGGAGAAUGCGGUCGCCACACUCCUCACUGUAUGUCGUAGUGGCGGGGUGGCCAUAACAGAGAGGUUGGUGCAGGUACCCACAUUGGCAGGGCUGCUGCAAAUGCUGCUCCUCACAGGCACGAAGCGGGCAAGGAGGAAGGCUGCAUCGCUUGCUAGAAUGUGUGAGCGGUGCAAGUUUGCGGCCUUCUACAUGGAAACAUGAGGCAUGAAGUACCAGUGUAAAUUUGGUGCCGAUGCUACACUGAUUUUCUCGAAGUUUUUUUUUUUUUUCCCUGUGAUGGUUAUUCACAUAUUCUUUGAUUUGUGUUGGGGUGGGGGUACAAGGACAAGGAGAUGUAGACAUGUAUUUAGCCAGAAUAGCGCUAUUGUAAAUAGACACCCUUGAAGGAGAGCAUCAGUGGAAGAUUGAUUGAUGAAA